UUUCCGAAGUUGUGUGCAACGGUGACGAUUGUGUUCGUGUUUAAAUCUUUGAAAACGCGUCCAUUGUUUAUCCUGAAAAUAUUAGCAUCCAAGUAAGAUGUUGUCGUUCGUCAGAAACGUUGCUACCUUUGAUAUUUCUCAAGAAAAAAAGGCUGUGGAAAAUGUUUUCAUCGCGGAUUUUAACAGUGACAACAUCCAGACACAAUGCAGCCCGUUAGCUAGCGGCUCUCCUUGGUGAGGGUGGCACAUCAACUUACGAAUGCUUCAGGCACACUUUACCGCGAAGAGGGUCACGAUAUUGUUAUUUAUCUUGAAUAUCCAAGUGUCAUGUUUGUUUCCACCUCCUUUAUAUUUGCGUUGGUGUCACAAUGUGACCCGGCGUGAGUCUCUGCACGCCGGUGUGCUGGAGUCCAGUGUUGGACGUCUGCCUUGUUAUGACGGCACAUUUCAGGAUGCAUCAUGGUACACAACACCCCCACAGGAGAGCCUCUGCAGUAUCCAUGUAAUGCAACAUGACCCCGGUGGGAAAUCAUCAUUGCUUCAGAUGGACGGUACUAUGGAAAUCAACGGGCCCAUGGUUUUGUCUGCAGGGGGGGCACUCUCUUCUUCAGCACCUGCUGGUCCAUGGGGACACUCCUUUUACACUUCAUUUACCUACAUGUCAAACAUCUUGCACCUCCGGGGCCGCAGAAGCACACUCACCAGAUACAACCCGGGCCACACUCUGCCUCAGGUUCAGAGUGUGGCACCUCCAUCUGCAUUUGGGGUCAAAUUCCACAAGUGUGCACAGGUUAAGCGCAACACUGAUCCUCCUCAGCUGACAUUCUUCCUGCUGAUUCACAACAUGGGCCCAGUAGGUGGCACUAACCUGUCUCAGGUGGCUAUACGGGACUCCAUCUCUGGAAUAGUACCCCUAAAAACUGAAGGCAAGGUGGUGGAAAGAGGCUACCAGACGUUUGCCAUUGAUUCACUGUCUGCUGGAUCCCAAGUUAUUGUUAAUUAUACUGCUCACAUAAGGAGUCAUAAGAACGAAGUCCUUGACCUUCCAGCUUUUCUCACCUUCUCUAACGCCUCACAGAAUGAUGUCAGUAUGUUUGGUCCGUUAACAGCUAAUCUAACGCUGAGAGUGAAUUCCACUGACAGGAUUUAUCCUAACCAUGGGGUCCAUUUUGCUGGAUUUGUUGUGGGGUUCUUUGUCACGUUGGUGCUGCUGUCACUGGGGUUUCUGGCCAUGAACCUGAUAGGUCCUAGAACCAGGCUGAACCUUCUUCAGCAAAGGAGAAACAGAGGCGAUUCAGACCCAGAGUAUGCAGACUGCAACAUGACUGAGACGGUAAAAGAUGAGGCAACAUUUGAAGACAAGAUGGUGGACACUAUGGUGCUGGAGGAUCCACAGAACAUGUACCAGGCUUUGGAGAACCUUGAAAUGUCUACACUGCUGCAUGCCACCAAUAACCUGGAGGCCACCAGGAUUCAGAUCUACAAGGAUGUGAUGUCCUCCCUGCUGAGUGGCCUGCGGUCCCGGGGCCAGGCCAGUGCCCAGGCCCAGCAGAGGUUGCUCAGUGUGCUCCACGGACAGCUUCUGGGCAUGGAGGGUCGGCUGAAGGAGGAGCGAGCUGCCCGCAUGGCUGCUCUGGCUGGCCGGUGUAACCUGGAGACUCGGGAAGAAAUGGAAGCAGAGCACUGUAGAGAAGCUGCUGAGAAGACCCAGGCCGAGCUUCUGUGUCAACAUGCAGACCAACAGGAGCUCCUGCACUGCAGUGUCCUCCUGGAGAAACUGCACAAGCUGAGCCAGAGUCAACUCCAGCGCAUGCUGUUGGUCCGGCAUGAAGAAGCCUCGGCGAAGGUCCAGAGGCAGAUCAUUGAGUGGCGCCGGGUGGAACUGCACAAGAUUUUCUCUGAAGAACUGGAGGAGGCCACCAGGAUGGGCGAGCUGGAGAAGAGCACAGCCAAGAGCCUGCAGCACUAUUACUUUGCCUGUCAAGAUCAGCUAGAGGAGGUGCUGGAUGUGGUCGUUGCCAACCAACGCUAUGUGCUAGCUGAACGCCAUGCACAGAGGAAGUUCUUGGUGCACAGCCUUCACAGCCUCAACAGCCUGAUUUCUGACACCUUCUCCAGCACCUCCAGCAAUUUGGACAGCUGGUUCACUCACAUCAGGAGAGGGAGCAUCAUGCCUGAGGAGCAGAUAGACCAGCUGCAAGAGAAGGCCCAGAAAGAGCUGGUGAUGGUGAGGCAGAGACUGGAUGAGGCACUUAGUCAAGAGAGGAGAGCAAUGCGCUGUGGACUGAUUAAGAAGAGGCGGGAGCUCAUCUCUGACAUGCUACGGGUCCACAAACAGAGACAGAAGGAUCUGUCGGGUCUGUCCAAGGGUCUGGAGGGGAAGAUAGAUGUAUCCCAGCACCUGCUCUGUUGGCAGAACCUACUGACAGCUCACAGUUUGGAGCUAGCAGAGCUCAUCAACAACCUGGAUGAGGAGGCUGCUGCCGACAUCCGCAAGGUGACCAUGCGUGUGAUCCAGGGUGCCAUAACGGAAGUCAAAGCCAUCCAGCCCUCUGCAACGCAAGCUCUGCUAGCACUCUUGCCUCCAGGCGCGCAACGCUCCCUGCUGCAGGUAGAACCAGAGACAGGAGCAGGACAAGCCCAGGGACAAGGAGCAAGUUCUCUCUUGCAGGGUCAGGAAAAGUUGCACCAGGAAGGCAAGGCGGCCUUACGCACCCUGAGCUGCACCAGGGAGGCUCUGCGGGAAGCCAUGGAGAGAGAGCUGCAGGAACAGAGGGAGCUCAGGGUGUACUGCAGAGCUUUCUUCAGUUGUUUGUGUUCGUCCCAGUUGACUCUGUGUGAAGAUGACCGGCUCAGGAUGAAACUAGAGUUUCAGAAGUGUCUGUCUGUGAUGGACCGCUGCCUGGUGCUGCCCCACGCUGUCUCCAGAACCAAACUCCACACCGCUCUGGCAGCUUGGAGAAAGGAGAGCGAGCAACAACUGAGGAAUAUGCAAUCCAAGGGGAAAACCAGUGCAGCCAGACAGAAAGCAGACACAUCUGACCUGCUGCUUUUCCAGAAAAGGCUUGAGGACAGAAUCCAGCUGUUUGAGAAGCAGACGGAGAUGGAGAACGGCGUCAUGAACAAAGUGAUGGAGGAGAUGCAGAGGGAGAGAGAGGAUGAUCUGCGCUCUCAGGCCGAUAGCCUGGCGAUGCAGAUGGCCACCAUCCACUACCAGAAGGCUGAAAGGAGGACCAAAGUCUUGGAGACCUCCAGAGCGAUGCUCACACUGCACAAUCUGCUCAUUCAGCAGCUCAGAGAGAGAAAGAGCUUGGAGAGACAAGACAUGGCCCAGAGUAUACAGAACCACUACUUGGGACUAGAAGAAGCAGAAGAACAGCUUCAGAAGGAGAAGACAGAGUUGGAUGGCCUGCAAAUGUACCAGUCCAGAGUUGAGCCAAAUCCAAUGCAGGGAGAGGAGGAAGGAGAGGAGGAGAGACUGUUUCAGUUGCGGCAGGACUGCAGGAUGACGUCCAUCCUCCAGGAGGCACUCUACAAGUGUGAAUCAGCCGUCACACUGCUGGCUGAAAGGUGGCAAGAAAUGACUGCCAACAAUCAAGCCAUGGAAUAUUUAAAAGAACAAAUGGGGCUCAAGAGACUUUAUGCAAACUGUGACCAGGAUCUGGAGUUUGCAUCUGGGCUGGUGAAGCAGAGUCAGUUGUCUGUCGAGGUUCUCCUGGAGGCCCUGCGUCUUCUCCUCCCCACCCUGCCUGAAAGUGAACUCCUUUCCAUCACUGACGCCCUCUGCCCCAAACAGCACUCGGUUUCAUCAUCUGCAGAGCAGGAACACUCAGGGUGUGCCGGAGGGUUGAACAGACUUCUUCCUGUCAAACUGAGAGAAGACGUGGUACAUAAAAAUAUGCUAAAUAUGCCGAGCUGCACUGUGGAAAGAGAGAGAUCUCACAGACUCCAGGAAAGGAGGCAAAGUCUGAUGGAAAAACUGCUCCCCAGAUCCUGUCUCCCGGUUCCAAGGGAUGUUGCACCACUAUUGGUCGAAGAGAAAGGAAAGGAAGACAGUUUUACUAAAGCACAGCAGCCAGUUUAUAAACCAACCAUGACUGAAAGCACGGUCACACAGCAGCACAGUGACACUGCAAAAGAAAGGGCUGCGGACACCGUGAAUGAAUCGUUACACAACAGAGCAGAGGACUACAGGGUGCCUGCCCCUGCCAGCACUGCAGCGGGUGUCCCCGCCACUGGAGACCGGUUGUUUGUGUUUCGAGAUCCACCUGAGUCAUGUGACCGCGUGGACGCUCCUAAAAGAAAAAGGAAAAAGAACUUCCUUAAUCUGAAGAAAGGCUCUGUGGCUCCAACAAACCUACCUUGAGACUUACAUUGUUUUUUUUGCAGGUUUUUUUUUAUGAUUAUGGUACUUUAUUAUGAUACAUGAUAAAACUAAAAUUCAGAAUAAACCAAUAGUUUUGCUAUGCAGCAAAAAUGUGCUUAUUCUAAAUGUAUGUAGCAUCUGGCUUUGUUUUUAAGUAAAGGCAGCUGACUUGUU